CACAGGAUGGUGUAUUUUUGGACUUCGGGACAGAGCGAUGACCCCCCCCCGCGUCGCCAUUCAUAGAUAGCCGCGUGUAACGAACCAACGCCCGUUAACAUCCGACUCGAGGUGAAAACAACGGAAUCCACAGCGGCAGAUGGACGGAGCAGGUCGGGUACAAAACAAACCGUGUCACCCCGACCACACGAGUGGCUGAAUCAUUCACAGGCUAGCCAGCCGCCACACAGGCGGCGUCCGCGUUAACCUACACGCAGGUGUCCUGCGUGCAUCACUCGUCUGCUCGGCAGCUCGUUUCUAGCUGCUUCCUCGCGCUGAGCAGGUCUUCGCCGUAGCUGGAGAGAUUAAACCUCUGUCCGUCCACUACAGCAGCUGGCCAGCUAGCUAAUGUUAGCCGCGGCUAACGUUACCCCCCACUUGAACUGCUGAGUAACAGCCACAUAAUGUAGGCGAGAUUGCGAGACUGCGAUCGUUUUGGACAGUGUUUACUCCGAGUGGCUCGUCAGUUCGGGGCGACGCUUAGAAUGUGAAGCACCAUGGCCAAUUUUGAAGCUUACCAGGAGUACCAGAGAAUCGAGGACUUCGAGGAGGACUCUCCUCCCGGGGAGGAAGAUCUAUUGUUGCACGUGCCCGAAGGCCUGAAAGACUCAUGGCACCACAUCAAGAACCUGGAUAACUUCUUCGCAAGGAUCUAUCAUUUUCAUCAGAAGAAUGGCUUCGCUUGUAUGAUGAUGUCGGAGUUCUUUGAACUUGUUCAGUUUUUGUUUGUGGUCACGUUCACAACCUUCCUUGUAAACUGUGUGGAGUAUGACGUGCUGUUUGCCAAUCGAGCCGUCAAUCACACCACGCCAGGCCUGAACCCCUUGGACAGGAACAAAGUCACUCUCCCAGAUGCCAUUCUACCCAGCCAGCAGUGCACGCAAAGAAUUCAAGAGAACAGUUGGAUCAUCUUCCUUCUCAUCAUGGCAGCCAUCUUCUGGAUCUAUCGACUUGUUAAAGUCUUUUGCAAUGUUCUGAGCUACUGGGAAAUCAGGCAAUUUUACAUUAAAGCACUGAAGAUCAGAAUGGAUGAACUAUGCAACUUUACGUGGCAGGAAGUCCAGGACAGGCUUAUCAGCUUGCAGCGGGAGCAGCAAAUGUGCAUACACAAGAAGGAGCUGACAGAACUUGACAUCUACCACCGCAUCCUGCGAUUCAAGAACUACAUGGUGGCCAUGAUCAACAAAUCCCUGCUGCCUGUGCAGCUGCAGCUCCCCCUGCUGGGGAAUGUGGUGUUCCUCACCCAGGGCCUCAAGUACAACUUUGAGCUCAUCCUCUUCUGGGGUCCAGGCUCCCUGUUUCAGAAUAAGUGGAACCUGCAUCCCAAGUACAAGCGCAAUGGGAACCGCCUCGAGCUUGCCCAGCAGCUUAGCAGAGUCAUCCUGCUGAUUGGUUUGGCCAAUUUGCUGCUGUGCCCCUUCAUCUUAGUGUGGCAGGUGCUCUAUGCCUUCUUCAGCUAUACAGAAAUCAUCCGCAGAGAACCUGGGAGCCUGGGCGCGCGGCGCUGGUCCCUGUACGGUCGCCUGUACCUGCGACACUUUAAUGAGCUGGACCAUGAGCUGCAUGGGCGUUUAGGUCGGGGCUACAAACCCACCUCCAAAUACAUGAACUCCUUCACAUCGCCGCUUCUGACUGUGCUGGCCAAGAACAUUGCAUUCUUCUCAGGCUCGGUGUUGGCUGUUCUCAUUGCACUGACUGUCUAUGAUGAGGAUGUUCUCACAGUGCAGCACAUACUCACCGCUAUCACUGUGCUGGGAGUUGUAAUCACUAUCACCAGGUCCUUCAUCCCAGAUGAGCAUAUGGUGUGGUGUCCGGAGCAGCUGCUGCAGUGCAUGCUGGCGCACAUUCACUACAUGCCAGACCACUGGAGGGGCAAUGCUAACAAGAGCGAGACCCGUGACGAGGUGGCUCAGCUGUUCCAGUACAAAGCGGUGUUUAUCUUGGAGGAGCUCCUCAGUCCGAUAGUCACACCCUUCAUUCUCAUCUUCCAUCUGAGGAACAAGUCUCUAGAGAUCAUUGACUUCUUCAGGAACUUUACAGUAGAGGUGGUUGGAGUAGGAGACAUUUGUUCCUUUGCACAGAUGGACAUCAGACGCCAUGGAAACCCAACAUGGCUGUCGGCAGGCCAGACGGAGGCCUCUGUCUACCAACAGGCUGAGAAUGGCAAGACGGAGUUGUCCCUCAUGCAUUUCACCAUUAAAAACCCACACUGGCAGCCGCCGCAGGAGAGCUCAGUGUUCAUCAGCCAUCUGAAGGAGAAGGUGCAGCAUGAUGCACAAAGCGGCCCCUCCACGCAGCUGCUGCUCUCUGAGGCUCCUCUCUGCACCUCCCUGCAGUCCAACGAGUCUGCCAUCGGGCCUGAUAAUCUGUUGGCCAGCGUCCUGGCUCAUCCCAUCCUAACUGCAUCUGGACUACAAGGGCGAGACCAUCGCUUCAUCCCCCCCGCCACUGCCGCCUCUGCAGCCGCCAGCGUCCUGGCGUCUUUGUCCACCUCCCAGGUCGCACAUACUCACCGCGCCCACUCCUCCAUCCCCCCCGAGAGCACCAUGUACCGCAGCGACCGCACCGGCAUUGACAGCAUGUGUAUCAGCGACUCCCGCGUCCGGAGCAAUGCACUCCAGUCAGAGUUUGCCUCGGCAGAGAUGAGCCUCCAUGCCAUCUACAUGCAUGAGCUCCACCAGCAGAGCUCCCAUCCACAGAGAAGUUUGGGGCAGAGCCAGAGCGCCAUGCCAAUGAGAGAUCUGCACACGAGCACUGGCCUCCAGCCCCACAGUGGCAUUGGUUUCAGUGUGUCGAUGCCUGCCCCUGUCCACCUUGGGGGUUGGCAGGAAGAGGAGGAGGAGGAUGAAGGUGACCAGGAGAUUAACAGUGGAUCUACUGGAGAGCAGGGCACUGGGGGUAGUUGUUGACGUGCCUUAUGUCAUAAGGUACAUAGAACUCUGCGGUGUGUGGUUCUGAACUAUGUGAUAUACUUGUUUGUUAAACCUAACAACACUGGCUUUUUAUCCUCUAUAGGAUAAUUAGCCAUUAUCAUUUUUCUUCUUUUUUUUUAGUGUUUACAUUUUGCUUUCUUCAACAAGCAUUGUGGCCUUAGAUGAGCUUCGUGGAGCGUUUAGCAUGGACCUUUAAACCGUCAUUCAGCAUUUCUUGAGGGAGGAAUUCGUUAAAUAAUCACUCUCUGCCCCCCCCCCACGCGUCCUCCUGUCACGUCGGGCAGACUGUGGCGUCAGGGAAAACACACGUCUUCCAUCCGUUUCACGCGAUCAUACGUUGUACAGACAAACCGGCCUAAAAGGUUCACGCGACUGAGGCCGACAGCGGGAGUGUAUUCAUAGAUCACUGUGUGACGGUGGGUGUGGAACGCAGACGGCUGAGGGCGACGCCUGCCGAGCCUGUGAGCAAGAACGGCGCCGCGUUCUGUGCUACAAAGACUGCGAGUUGUAUCAUAGCUGCCUGAACAAUUUAUAUCAUGUGAAAACAAAAGAAACAUUUCAAGGUGUGCUAUUCAUCCUGACGACUUGUAAAUACACUUUUGCAUCGUAUUUAAAGUCUAAGUUUUUACUACAAGAACCAAUUGUUGAAUUAGAUACCAAGUAUUGAUGGAUAAGAGCUCACAAAAUAUAGUAGUGUAUACAAACUACUAAAGUACUGUGUGUAUGGGUGUUUUAAAGCAGACGUACACAUGCUUUAAUGCUGCUGUCUGUACAGACUGUGUUCAGUAUUCAGAAAGUGAUGGUGGUUUAAAUUUAUGGGCAUCAGUCACACUUGCCGUGAAAAUCUCAAUGCAGAUAGAAGAUGUCUUUCAAAUUGGCUUCAUGCCGUAACAUCCUCAUAGACAGAUGUAUUUAAGUCCUAGUUUUCCAUAUUACCUCAGUGGCGUGAAGUAAACUAAUACUCCAAACGAUACCUCUGCGUUGUAUUUACUUCUGUAAAUACAGACACAUAUCAGGGUUGUUUUUUUUUUUUUUGUAGUGAACGCAAUGAAUCUUUUAACUGCAUUUUGGUUUUAAUGACAGGUGUAAGUUGAAGCCAUGUAACGUUCUUAUUUCUUGUCAAGCAGCAGAAACACUAGAGACACAUUAUUAUAUUGCAUCUGACAGUUUGUUGCAUACUAGCAUUUUUGUGUCUUUUUUUUUUCCAAUAUGCUCACAAACGUGAAACCACACUGACCUGUUUCAGAGUGUGCGCUGUGUCUACAACUUCAGGUUUGAAAAUGUUAAGGCUGCAGUUUCCACAGUCAAAGUUGGCUUAUUUUCUUAGCUUUAGAAAUAUUUAUUGCCCUUUCCCUGUCAGAUAUUUAAUUAUUGAAAAUCAAUUAUUUAUUGGCAAAAAAAAUUAGAUUUUGUCACAUAAUUAACUCCCCACUAAUAGAAGAAUUGAACCCACCUUCUCCCAAUGUAUUAAAAAUCAUUUAGUUAUGUUUGGUUUUAAUAUUGAUUUAUUAAUUCUAAAUCAAGCCCAGCUGCAUGACAUUGAAUGUGAUUUUUGCUUAAAAUAAGCUGGGACUAAAUCUGCUUGUAAAUGCAGUGCACAGAAUAUAAUUCUCUAUUUCAUUCUGCUUGGAUCACAGAAGAGGUGGUUCUCCUUUCAUCCAUUACUGCUAGACGUUAGAUGGUUCAGAUUGGCCUCACCCUCUCACAGAUUCAAAAAUGAUUCCACUUCCAGUGCGUCUGUGAAAGAAAAGAGCAUAUUUAUGUUAACAUGAUCGCUGAAGAAAAACAAAAAGAUCAGUCUCCAUCCUGAGCGACCUCAGUGUUUGUAUAUAAGCGUAGCAUCAGCACAUAGUGUAUCAUUAUUAUCCACAGCAAAACAUCUGGAACCCCACAGCCAGAUUCACACGGUGGUUCUCACCUCUGGUCAGUAAAUGUUCAGCCUGUUUCUGUGACUCUGGUCACUGGUUCGAUGUGGUGCAUCACACAUCGACUUGUGUGUCACGUUGUAAAAACACUGGAGCUCAACUUUGUGCACAGAGUUGGUUUCUUCUCCCCGUCUCCACAUUUACGCCGUGAUGUUUUAUUUUGAGCAGUGCCUUAGUAUUAAGGAUCCAUAUUUAUUUACACAUCAUGUAAAUCAUAUGUUUAAAGAUGAAGCAGCACAUAUGCACAGUGUUUUUUUUUUUUAACAUCGCUGUCACUGUAGCGUCGAGUAUGUAGUUAAACUGUGGUUGUGGUCAAAGGAGAGAUGAGUAGGAAGCUGCUCUGAGAUCGCGUCAUCUCUCUCUCGCGCCACGGUUUCUUAUCCACUUCACACCAGUCCGAGCGUCACAGCGACUGGAACCAGGUGCUAAGGAAAUGUUUUGUUUUUGUUACAUAGGCAUGUUCUUCAAAUAAAACACUAGCUGAACGAUGAAACAUGCCAAAAGAACCGUGUUUUCAGCACAGCUUUACAUACGUGUGUUGUUUGCUCUGAGUUUGUAGAGGCAAAUAAAUCCUGAGUGUGUUUAAUCUGUUCAUGUGUGGUUGAUUUCGUGGCCGUUUAUUUGAAAUAAACAGAUUUUAAGUUA